AUGAAAGAGUGGGUUUAUGACAACGUAAAGCCCCUUAUCGCACAACAAAUUGGGAAACUUUGCGAGGAGUCCCAACGAUCAACUCAUACAGCCGAAUGGGAUUCAAUCCAACAAGCAAGGAGAGCUCAAUCCACUGCGCCGCGUAGAUUUCGGAAUCACACUCCGCACCUAGAACCUCCAAUCACACCACCAAGAUUCUCUCGGGGCAUGACAGACCCCGAGUCUGUAAACCGGGGGAGAUCCAGAAGACCCGUGCCUACCAUUUCCAGGAUAUGGUUGAACGACGAAGGCGACCUCAGCGACGAAUCGUGGGAUAGUGAUGGCACCUACGUGAACGAGGCCGAGAAAGAUAAGGUCAAUCGCCCCGGAAGCAGCUUGGCCAACGAAUUGAAAAAGCUCACGGUCAAGGAGGAGACGAAAGAGUUAAUGGAACUAUCUCCGGAGAAGAUCCUAACACGCUUUCGACGACGAAGCCAGUCGCUUUCCAGAGCCAAAGGCAAAGCGGAGGGAAAGAGGGGCGAAGGGAAUACUCGUCAUGCAGAAAACGAAUACCGACUGCCUAUAAGGUCGAAUCCCACUACGAAGACGGCCUCAAGACCAAGGUCCCAGUCGAUUGAUAGAUGA